AUGAACUCUCUCCGCUACGUCCGCCCAGUGGCCUCGAGGCUGCAGCCAUCGACGCUGCCGCGCAUGGCCGCCCGCGGCUUCGCCAGCGCCAACUACGAGUACAUCCAGGUGUCGCAGCCCAAGCCCGGCGUCGGACAAGUGACCCUCAACCGCCCCAAGGCGCUCAACGCGCUCUGCACGCCCCUCAUCAACGAGCUCAACGCAGCGCUGCGGGCCUUCAACGAGUCGGACGACAACGCCUUUAAUCGAGUCCGGGGUCCGCUGCUGGACGACCGAGGCCAAGAAAGCCCCAUCAUCGCGGCCGUGUCGGGCCACGCGCUGGGCGGCGGGGUGCGAGCUCGCCAUGAAUGUGCGACGUGCUCUACUGCACCGAGGGGGCCCAACUUUGGCCAGCCCCGAGGUCAAGCUCGGCACGAUCCCCCGGCGCCCGGCGGCAGCCAGCGGCUGACGCGGGCCAUUGGCAAGUCCAAGGCCAUGGAGCUCAUCCUCACGGGCAAGUCGUUCAGUGGCGUCGAGGCGGCGCAGUGGGGGCUCGCCGCGCGCGCGUUCCCGACGUACGAGGCCCUCAUGGAGGAGACGCUCAAGACGGCCGAGACGGUGGCGGGGUACUCGCGCGUCGCCGUCCAGGCGUGCAAGGAGGUCGUCAACAAGAGCCAGGACCUCGGGCUGCGGGACGGCGUCGAGUUUGAGAGGCGCGUCUUCCACAGCCUGUUUGGCAGCAACGACCAGAAGAUUGGCAUGAAGGCGUUCGCCGAGAAGAAGAAGGCCGAGUGGACGCACUCGUAG